AUGCAGUCUAUGUUUAAGGUUUUAGCAUGUUUGUAGAUUCAUAGACAUAUUAUAUUUGCUUGAGAUUAGACAUUGCCUUAAAAGCACUCGGCCUUCAGGGUGGUCAGUUUUUCAAACUGAGGAACAAGGGUGACACUCUAUCCGUUAGUGAUAAACACAUCGACGACGGCACUGCAUUGAACAAAACCAACCGUGACGACAAUGGUCGCACUGCCUCUUAUAAAGAGAAAGCUGACGAGAGAACAUAUCAGGAACAUGAACAAGCGACAUACAUUUAUUCAAGCCAACUUGAAAUUGCUGAGAAAAAGGACAACAAAAUACUCAAUCUGAAGUUUCUAGCCCAGAUGCACAUCAAUGAAUAUCACAAUUUGGUUGGGUCGUCGCAAAAAUGGAAUUGCGUUGACAAAUCAGUGAUGCAUCGCGAAAAGUUUGAAAUGAUGAACAAACAUUGGCUUGAACAUCCAGGUGAUAUUAGAAUUAAAGGCGAUGUACGUGUGAUUUUCAUGGAAAAGUUCUUGAUUGGCAAAGGAAGUGGUGGAGCCGUUUAUCUUGGUUUGGGAAAGGAUGGUUAUGGAAAAGCUGUAAAAAAAAUCCCUAAAAAUAGCUGUCUCCAUCUUGCUCUACGAGAAAAGAAUGUUUUGAAUGAGCCAAAGGCAAAGAAGUCGAAGCAUGUUGUAAAGUAUUGGAACUUUGUAGAAGAGGAAGGAGAAGAUUUUGUCUAUUUGAUAUUAGACUUGUGCGAACAAACUUUGACAAGUUUUGUUAAGUCUACUAGUUUAGAUAAACUUCACGAAGCCCUUUCCGAAAUCCUUAGACAAAUUUUAAAUGGAUUAUCUGAUCUUCAUAGUGGCCCAAGUUCUAUUCUUCAUCGGGAUUUAAAGCCUUCUAAUGUUCUUCAAGACGUGGAAGGCAAAUUUAUGAUAGCUGACUUUGGUAUUAGUCGAAUAUUGGUAAGUGACGAUAACUCAACAUAUCAAAGCAGUCCUGGUACAGGCAGUUAUGGUUGGUCCGCUCCUGAAUCCUUGAAUGAAGGUCGUUACAAGAAACAGUCUGAUAUAAUGAGUGCAGGAAUGGUGGCUUAUUAUGUUGCAACAAAAGGGGAACAUGCUUUUGGAACUGAAGAGAAUAGAUUGAAAAACUUGUUAAAUGGAAACCCUGUUGGCUUGAAGAAAAUCGAUGAUGUUCAACUUGAAGAUCUUCUUUCAUGGAUGCUACAGCAUAAGCCUGAACUCAGGCCAUCAGCCAGCGAGACGUUAAAACAUCCUUAUCUACAAUCCAAUGAGGAAAAGUUUGACAUGCUGUGUGAUGUUGGAAACCAACCGGAGAUAAAACAACCACAAUGUCAAAAUUCAGAUGUUCGUAAGCAGUUGGAGUGUUUCACAGAAUGGAUGAAUCGUAUCGAUGAUGAAGUUUUGAAAGAUUUAAAAACAAUUGAAGUAAACAACAAAAAAAGGACUGUAACCUACGAGUCUUCAUGGGCAAGUUGUUUGAGACUCAUACGUAACGUUGAUCAGCACUGGCAUGAUAAACCUCGUCCACGUUUAUCCCCAUUUAUCAAGGAAGGCAACUAUAAAAAGUAUUUCAUGCAACGUUUUCCCGAACUUCCUCUACUGGUGUACAAAAUUAUUAGAUCGACUGACUGGAAAACAAGACCUAAAUUGCAACAACAUUUUACCUGAAACAUAAAUCCUGUGAAAAUUGAAGGAAGUCAAUGGAAA